AGAGUAGCCAAGUUUCCUUCCCAGUUUAUGCAGCAUGACAUGGCAUCACACAUGGAAACUGUGGUCACGGCGCCGGUCAUUUCUUUGUCUUCUUUGUCUAUGCCUUCUGCCACCUGCACAUGCUGUACGGCCAAACCCAAAAGUGGCUGUUGAUAGGGCAGCCCGACCAAGCAAAUCGGUUGGCUUGCUGCCGCAGAUGAAUGGUACUCACUCUGACGAGCUUGAAGAUGAUUGCCCGCAAUGUGAUGGGAUUUUCUUGAACCAUUACGCGGUCCUGAGGGCUUCCAGCAGGCCUCAACUCUUAGCUGCGGGCAUCAUCCUCAUAGCGGUCGUACUGACUUGGCUGAUGAUGGACACCACGCGAGCGUUCUUCCUACCAGUUUUGUUCUUUUGGAGCAAGUACCUGCGACUAUCUCCGGAGAUGUCAGCAGCAACUCUACUCGCGCUGGGGAAUAGCGCUCCUGAUAUGGCAGAUGUUCCUCUCCUGCCAAGACUCACUGCAAGCUUCGUUGAUGGCCCUGGCGGCUGCUGAGCUUCACGAUUUGCCAUUGGGUCUGAGUGACUUGGGUGGUUCCAACCUCUGCGCUUUGACCCUCAAUGCCCUGGUUUUGCUGGUGGCAUACCUUGCUGAGACCAGCGAAAAGGGCGACACCUUGCAUCAUUCAGGAC